UCCGGCGUUGAAUCAAUCGCCAAACCAAGAAAACUGGGAAAAAAUAGGGAAAGCUAAGAAGGCACCGAAAUUCGCCGUGAUGAAGAAAAUGGUCACCUCCAAAGCCAUUAAACAGCAUAAAGAGGAGGUUUUGAACCCUAACAAGAAAGAUUUGACUAAGGAGAAGCUUCCCAGAAACGUACCAAAUGUUUCAUCUGCGCUUUUCUUCAAGCACAAUACUGCAUUGGGUCCGCCGUACAGGAUAUUGGUCGAUACUAAUUUUAUCAAUUUCUCUAUUCAAAAUAAAUUGGAUUUGGAGAAAGGAAUGAUGGAUUGCUUGUAUGCAAAAUGCACUCCUUGUAUCACUGACUGUGUAAUGGCUGAGCUUGAGAAGCUGGGUCAAAAAUAUCGUGUUGCUUUAAGAAUUGCAAAGGAUCCUCGAUUUGAAAGGCUUCCCUGUACGCAUAAAGGAACAUAUGCUGAUGAUUGCAUGGUAGAAAGGGUCAAUCAGGUCCCCGGUGUACCAAUAAUGUACAUUACUCAGCACAAGUACUCCAUCGAACGGUUACCUGAAGCUACAAUUGGUGGUGCUCCAAGAUUUUGAUACUAAAAAGCCGGUGAUAGGAUUCAGAGCAGGACGCACAGUUUCUGGACCAUGGCUCACACAGUUUGGUUAUAGGCAUCCUGAACCUUUUUUGGCUGAUCCAUGAUGCGGGUGAGAAAUUUUUUAAAUGCUUGAUUCGUAUGUUUCUUUAGAUGUACUUUGAAUAUUGUUGCAUCAAUCCCAUGCAUGGCUUGUGAAGAUUACCUUAAUUCGUGGAAUGUUACAAGACAAAAUCACAACAUGCUUCUGGUCUAACUUACAAUUUAGAGAUAUCAGCGAAUUCUACAAGAAUCGGAGUUGAAUUGAGUUUGUAAAUUUGCAUGGAUGGUGAAACCCCACUAUUCAGAUUGGGAUUCUAACAAUGGAAAG